ACGAAAUUUGUGUUGCCUAUAGCUGUCGCGUUCGGUGUAGACCAGCCUUAACCACGUCUAGGAACUUUGACCCUGCUCGGUUGGUGACGUUGCCGCAUUUGCGUCGUUUGUCAUACGUCAGGUGUCACUUCGGAGCAAACUUCAUUAUUUGUGGUGGCUUUGUUUGUUGGAAUAUUUUUUAAAACAUAAACUGGGUGUUUUUCCAACGUAUUCACUUUAUUUUUGGUGCCGAGUACUUUUUUCUAACGCCUUACAAUAGGUGCAAGAUGGAUAAUCCCGAAGAGAUAUUGCACAGUUUGGAGGAAUUUGCCAAAAUGAAACCGAAAGACAUACCGCGAGAACUUGAGGAAUAUUUGUGUUAUGUUGCAAGAACUGGAAAUCCUGUGUAUCAGUGGCCGACAAUAAAAAGCCUGUUCCGCGAAAAACUCAUAAAUGUUAUUACAGAUUUCUACGAAUCGUGCCCCUCAAUUGAGAUACCGCCCUGCCCUAAUGUUGAUCAUUUUAACUAUGAACUCAUGAAGAAUUUUAUUUUGGAAAAGUUGGAGACCUUCUCCUCAGCGCCUUUUACAGUACAAAGAAUAUGUGAAUUAUUGACCUCACCUAGAAAAGAGUACAAUCGGAUAGACAAGUUCAUGAGAGCAUUAGAGAAGAAUAUUUUAGUGGUCAGUACAACAGAACCAGGUAAUGGCAGGAGAUCUACCGAGAAUGGAGAAAGCCUACUGAAUGGCGAAGCAGAACAUUUACCAGAUAACAGUAAUUCUAGUCAUGAUAUCAAUGUGGAAGAGAUGGAUGAAUCUCCCAACUGGCCCAGGGUGGUUCAGCCUACACCAAUUUUGUAUGAGAGCAAUGAGGCUGAGGCAAAAAGCCAACCAGCUGUAUCACAGGAACUACCUGUUCAGGCUCAAGAAAGAGAGAAGGAAAAUGGUGAGAACCAUUCUGAAGCUGUCUCAACAACAGAAACCCCUGUAACUCAACAGGAAACAGUGAUAACAUGCACAAAUGAUGAACUGGCACACUCCUAUGUAUCUAUAGAAGCAACCCCUGUGGCAGUGGCUGAAUGCAGUUCUGAGCAGGAUGAGGAAACUAAGACUAAAGCUGACACUGACCCAGCUGUGGCAAUUGAACACGUUUCAGCUGAAAGUAAAGACAAAUUGGCUAAUGGGGAAGCUGGGGGCAGCAGCGAGGAUGAAAGUAAUGAAGCAGUGGCUGAACAAAUUGCAGAGACAGCAAAGGAAGAUAUACCGAUUGAAGAUCAAAUUCUGGCAACAUUACCUGCAUCAAAACUCGCGGCAGCCGACACAACAAAAGAACCGGAAGAAAUAAAGGCAAACCCUCCAGAAGCAGAAAAACCAGCAACUGUUGUACAAGACACCGCAGCCAUUGAAAAUAUAUCUCCCGAAAACAGUUCAUUAUCACCAGAAGUGCUUCAAGCUGAACCCACUGCCGAACCGGAGAAAAAAGAAAUUGUUGAAGAGAGGCUUGAAGAACCUGCUAAAGAAACUGCGAAUGAAGAUACUGAAAAAGAUCAAAAAGACAAAACUGAGGUUUCCGUGGCCGGAGUUGAAAAACCUGCCUCUCCCAAACCGGAAGAAGUGACAGAAAAAGGUGGCAGCGAGGCGGACUGCGUAAAACAUGAAGAAGAAGAGAAAAAAGAAGAGGAGCAGCCAGAAAAAACAGAAAGUGAUAGCCAUAAACCUGCUGAACAAAUUCCAAUGGAAGUUGACGCGAGUAUUGAAACGGAGAAUUCUGAGACGUUAUCCUCGUCUGCCAACAGUGACGACAAGUUAUAAUAAUACAGACAGAUUGAUUAAGGGUUUUAGUUCAGUUUCCAGUUAUUUUUUUAUUUCCUGCUGACGAGUUGAUGAGUAUUCACAACCAGUUCCAUUGUACCGUUUAGAACACACGUGAUCUUUUGCAUUACCUUACUUUUAUGUUAUAUUGAUUCUGGAGAGUAUCAAAUAAAAACUUUCGUAAUUUAUGGCUAAA